CGUUCGCCUAUGGGCUUUUCCCUCUCUAGGAAAGAGAACUCUACCUCUAGGAGGUCCGACCUCCAGGAGGCCAAGACGGCGCGUGAAAUUUUGGCGGGAACGAUUUGCAGCUGCUCUUCUCCGCCUCAGAAGCUCUGGGAGCGGUGCCCCCGCUCUCCGUCACCGGGAAAGGGGCGGAGCGAGGGGAGGGGCGGGGGAGUGGGUCCGCCGUGACCGAGGGCGGCCUCAGAGGGAGCUUUCCCCCGUUCGGGCUGCGCCGAAGUGGGAGGCCGGAUGGAGGCAGGAGCAGCAGCAGCGGCCCCCGCGGCACUUCAGGCGGGGAGCGGUGGCGGCGACCCGAGAGGCCUUCCCGAGGGGCCCCACAGCUCCGAGGCCGAGCGCCGGCGCUUCCGCAGCUGUCGUCCCCGAGAGGACGAGGGGCCCCGGGCGCUCUGCAGCCGCCUUCACCGGCUUUGCCGUGGGUGGCUGCGGCCCGAGCGGAGCGGCAAAGCCGAGAUGCUGGACCGGGUGGUGCUGGAGCAGCUGCUGGCCCUGCUGCCCCCGGAGCUGGCGGGCUGGCUGCGGGAGUGCGGGGCGGAGAGCUGCGCCCAGGCGGUGGCCCUGGCCGAGGGCUUCCUGCUCGGCCCGCCGCCCUCCUCCGCCCCCCGGAAGCCCCCCAGAGAGGGCCGGCAGAUGCAGGAGCCAUUCACAGGAGAGAACUCAGCAGAGCUCCAGGAAAGAGAAAAUCAAUGCAGUCCUUCUCAAGAGUUGCUUUUCAAGAGGUUCCAACUAGGGCUAUUUCAGCAGGACUCUGAUCCUUUUGAGGAGGUCACUGUGGACUUCACAGAGGAGGAGUGGGCACUACUGGAUUCGGGCCAGAGAGCCUUGUACAUAGAAGUCACACUGGAGGCUUUUAAGAAUAUUGCUACCCUGGCAGGUGAGGCAAUGGAGGAGAAACAGGAGGGGUUAAUGCUGCUGCAAACAACAAACUACGAAGGAGAAGUGAUAUUUGACCAUCAAAUGAAUCCAAAAAGACAAGAGAGAAGCCACUCAGAAGGUGGAGGGGAAAAGUCCUCCACAUCUCGUCAUUUCUUUUCUCUUACUUUACCUAAGAACUUUUAUACGAAAAACAAACGACAAAAUACUGUAAAAUUGGGGGAGGAUUCCAGCCUGAGCAAAGCAACUAAAAUAUGCACGAAAUGUGGAAAGAGCUUUAGUAGCAAUGCUAGCCUUAAUGGCCAUCAAAGGAUCCACACAGCUGAAAAACCAUACAGUUGUGAGCAAUGUGGAAAGGGCUUCGCUUUAAUAGGAAAACUUAAUUCUCAUAAAAGGAUUCACACAGGAGAGAAACCAUAUAAAUGCACAGCGUGUGGAAAGACCUUCUGUAGCAAUGCUAGCCUUAAUGGCCAUCAAAGGAUACACAUAGCUGAGAAAUCAUAUAGUUGCAUGGAAUGUGGAAAGGACUUUGCUUUAAUAGAAAAACUUAAUGCUCACAAAAGGAUUCACACAGGAGAGAAACCAAAUAAAUGCACGAUAUGUGGAAAGAACUUCCAUUUCAGACAUAGUCUUACCCGUCAUGAGAGGAUCCACAGCAGGGAGAAAAAAUAUAGGUGCAACAAGUGUGGAAAAAGAUACUUUGAGAACAGAGCCCUUACCAUCCAUCAAAGGAUCCACACAGGGGAGAGACCUUAUAAAUGCCUGGAAUGUGGAAAGACCUUUUUUGACAACAAAGAUCUUAUUCGUCACCAUAGGAUCCAUACGGGGGAUAAGCCCUAUCAAUGUCUGGAAUGUGGAAAGAGCUUUAGUCAGACAGGACAUCUCAGUUCUCAUAAAAGAAUCCACACGGGGGAGAGGCCCUACAAAUGUUUGCAGUGUGCAAAGAGCUUCCGUUCCAAAAGUUCUCUUAAUCGCCAUGAGAGGAUCCACACAGGGGAGAAAAAAUAUAGCUGCAGAGUGUGCGGACGGGGAUUUUUCGAGAACAGAGCACUUACUAUCCAUCAAAGGAUCCACACAGGGGAGAGACCUUAUAAAUGCCUGGAGUGUGGAAAGAGCUUUAUUGAGAAAGGAAAACUUAAUUUUCAUAAAAGAGUCCACUCAAGGGAGAUACUGUAUAAUUGCAUCGAGUAUGGAAAGCAGAAAGAAAGUCUUACUCAUGAUAGAAUCCAUGCAGGAGAGAAACCAUAUACAUGCAGAGAAUGUGGAAAGAGCUUCUAUAGCAAGACGGGUCUUAAUGGCCAUCAAAGGAUCCACAUAGCUGUGAAACCAUAUAGUUGUGUGGAAUGUGGAAAGGGCUUUGCUUUAAUAGGAAAACUUAAUUCUCAUGAAAGGAUCCACACGGGGGAGAAACCGUAUAAUUGCACAAUAUGUGGAAAGAACUUCCAUUUCAGGGGUAGUCUUAAUCGUCAUGACAGGAUUCACAGAGGAGAGAAAAAACUUAGUUGCCAGGAUUGUGGAAAGAGAUUCUUUGAGAAGGGAGCCCUUACUAUCCAUCAAAGAAUCCAUACAGGGGAGAGACCAUACGAAUGCUCGGAAUGUGGAAAGAGCUUUUUUGAAAACAAACUUCUUAUUCGUCACCAAAGGAUCCACACAGGGGAGAGACCAUAUAAAUGCCUGGAGUGUGGAAAGAGCUUUACUCAGAAAGGACAUCUUAAUUCCCAUAAAAGAAUUCACACAGGGGAGAGACCUUAUAAAUGCACAGAGUGUGAAAAGAACUUCCGUUUCAAAAGUUCUCUUAAUCGCCAUGAAAGGGUCCACACGGGAGAAAAAACAUACCUGCAGGGAGUGUGGAUUCAUUGAGAACAGAGCCCUUGCUAUCCAUCAAAGGAUCUACGUGAAUUAAACUUCAUAAAUGCCUGGAGUGUGGAAAUAGGUUUACUCAGGCCAACUUAAUUCUCAUAAAAGAAUCCAUAUUAUGGAGAGACCAGAUACAGCUACUCCUCGAUUUACAACCAUUCAUUUAGUGACCAUUCAAAGUUACAAUGAAAAAAUGAAAUAAAAUGAAAAAAAGUGACUUAGGCCAAUUUUCACACUCAUGACCGUUGCAAAAUCCCAAUGAUCAUGUCAUCAAAAUUCGGGUACUCGGCCACUGGUAUCUACAGGUAGUCUCCAAUUUACCACAGUUCAUUUAGUGACUGUCCAAAGUUACAAUGGCACUGAAAAAUGUGACUUAACGACCAUUUUUCAGUUAAUCUUCACAGUAUCCCCAUGAUCAUGUGAUCAAAAUUCAGAUCUGUGGCACUUGCUUCAUAUUUAUGACCAUGGCUGUGACCCAAGGUCAUGUGAUCCUCAUUUGCGACCUUCUGACAAGCAAAGUCAAUGGGGAAGCCAGAUUCACUUAACAACCACUUACUUAUAAGCUACAAUGAUUUACUGAACAGUGGCAAGAAAGAUAAAAUGGGGCUAAACUCCAUUAACAAAUGUCUCAUUUUACCAAAACUUUGCACUCAACUGUCAUAAGGAUUAUCUGUAUUUAUGAUACUUGACAUCCAGGGUUAUGCAAUUUCCAUUUGUAAACUUCUGUUGUGAUUUCUCGCCAGCUAGUGGAUCUGCAGCUGAGUCUGAGGAAUCAGAUGAGCAGGAGGGGCCUGGACUGACAUUAGUCAGAGGAAGGCUCUGAGGAGCUCCAAGACUUACAGUCAGAUGAGGAGCCCAGCCCCUCAGGCUGAGACACAGCUGUGCUGGCAGCCUGAUUUGGACAGUAAUAAAGAACAGUUGGGACAAAUCCAGGAUGCACGAAAGUGCAGGCAAGAAAAGUGAGUAGGACAGAGGAAUGCAAUGGGGUGGCUCCAAAGGCAAAGGAGAAGGCAUGCUUUGGCUGAAUUACA